UCGGACUCACUUCCAGUCGAGUUCCUGGCUACAGCCGUCCGUCCCAAGCCACUGACAUUCCACUGCACAUAUCUCUGAAUGCCUGCGCUGCUCGUCGAUUGACCUCUGAAACUGGCUGCUGUCUUCGAAACAUCAUACAUUAACCGAUUCGCGCAACGACAUGGCCUUCCCUAUUCCCGCGCACCUUCCCCGAGGCAAAGACCCUCAAGAUAUCUCCACGAAAAUAUUGACGAAGAUAUCUGAGACGGGCACGAAGUCUCUGAAUGCCUCACUAGCAUCCUCCUGGGUGGCGGAACUUGACGAGACCAUCGCUCAAACGAAGACACGCAUACAUGAGCGAAUAUCCAGCGACCUCCCGUAUUUCAACGAGCAGUUGUCAAGCGCGAAAUCGAUUCAGGAGCGGUUACGGACGUUGACGGACAAUGUGGAUGCAUUGGAUGGUCGGUUGUCGGAUUCAGAGUCUGGUCUCGUGCCGACUCUGCUCGCAACUCUGAACAGGCAUGCGCAGCUCGCACAAGAGACCCUAGACGCCUCGGUGAAGCGUCAAAACUUGAUCCACCUCGUCGGGCUGAAGCGACAGUAUGACAACCUCACUGCACUGGUGCACGGAGGUCAACUGCCGGAAGCAGUCGGGGCGUCUUCGAGACUUGAAUCAGAGUUAGAGACUGCGCCGGAGCCGCUGACGCGGAGUGCGGUCAUGGGGGAGUUAAGGCGUAGCUUCGGCGCCACGAAGGCACGAAUCGAAGAGCAACUCAACGAUGCAUACCUCCGGAGCGUGGUGAUAUCACCCUCCGAGCUUGUCGUCCGUCCGUCCGUGCAAGUGAGACAGUCGGAGACAAUUCUGUCCCUAGCGCCGGUGCUCUCGUCUCUCUCAAGCGCAUCCUUGGCUGAGCACCUGAAUCAUCUUCGCCGCAACCUCACAACGCACUACGUCGAGUACAUCGCCAAGCAACCUGUGAGCGUGGAAGCGUCUUCUCCCAGCACCAUCGCAGGAGCAGCAGAGCACAAGCUCACUCUCUUCCCGGCACCCCCUGAUAGCCAAAAGCUCGGUGCUCGCUUGGACGGAUUGUCGACCGUCCUCAGCUUCCUGCACAAGCACCUAUUGCCUCACUUACCUUUGGCGGAGCGGAAAUCGUUCUCACUCUCCCUGUGCAGGCCCAUCCGAGCGGCCGUGCUCAACAACCUCCUCAUCCCUUCUCUGCCGUCCUCACUGGACGGGUUGCCGCAGUUCCUCCACUUGCUCAAGCGGGCGCAACAGUUCGAGCUGGACUACCUGAGCUCGAUGCUGGGAGAUGAUGGAGGCGAGCAGGACAUCAAGAGUUGGGCGAAUGGCGUCGGGCUGCACUACGAGCGCAAGCGGCGCAUGCAGCUGCUGGAAGCUGUCAGAGUCGUCGUCAUGAGCCCCGAGGACGAGCGUCGCAUGCUCUCCAUAGAUAUCGAGGUCAAGCCCGAUUUGGACGAGGGGAACAACGCGGUGUCUGAUCCACAGCAAGAUACGGCACAGGAGAGCGAUGUCGAGGCGGCUUGGGAUUUCGAGGACGAACAGCCGGCCGAGACGAACGAGACUCAGCAAGACGAUCCGACGGCUGAUGAGGAUGGAUGGGGCUUCGACGAUGAGAAUGCUGAGCCUCAGCCAGAGGAAAAUACGGUUUCACCAUCACUACCUCCAGCAGAGGAUGAUCCGGGAGACGCUUGGGGCUGGAACGAUGACGAUGCGUCCGAGACACUCAAUGGGGACGACUCUUACGAUGAUCCGUGGAACGAUGGGUGGGACAACGACGCGAGCAAAGAGACGGCGAAUGCACCCGCGCAAAUACCCAAGCCCGCGAAAGGACUUGCGAAGCUGACGUCGAAGGGGUCGAAAGGGAAGAAUUCCACCAAGGGCGAUGAGCCUCCAUUACAGUCACCUGUUCCGGUUGCACCCCCGCCACCUACGCCAUUAGUACCGUCGAUGUCAAAGCCAGCGGCUCCCGCACCCGUUCUGAAGGAGGCAUAUGUUGUGUCCGGACGCACGAAAGAGCUUAUGCAGCACGUCGAGAGCAUCCUGAAGGAAGGCGCGGAGCUAGUGUCUUCAGGCUUGCUGGCGUCUCAUCAAUCUUCGAGCUCGGCACCGGGUUCUGUAGUCCUACAAGCAGCACCGCUGACGUUGGACGUUUUCCGCGCUGUCUAUCCCGUCACCUUCUCUGCCAUUCUGCAAGCCUCGCCGAAACCAGCCAUGCGCUUCUCCAACGAUUGCUUGUACCUUAGUGGGGAAGUGCAACGCUUACAGCAGUCCCUGAAGGGCCCUGCUAUCGCUGUGUCAGAGAAACUUCAGGACUCCGCUGAACGGUUGAAGCUCCUCGGUGACAGCUGGUACUCCGACACCAUUGAUCGACAAUGUCAAGUGAUCCAUGAAUUGCUAGACAAGGCGGCAGGCUUUGUUGAGAUUACUGACCAGGAUCGAUUUGAUGAAUGCGAGAAUGCAGUCAACCAGGUACUGCAACGCAUACGCCGAUUAUCACAAGAGUGGAAGCGUGUGUUGAAUAAGAGCAAAUACUACGCGGCGCUCGGCUUCGUGGUGGAUGCUGCACUGUCACGCAUGCUGGCGGAUAUCCUGGCACUGCCCGACAUUACUGCUGAGGAGUCGAACCGCCUGAGCGAACUCUGUCGCAUCUUCAACGCGCUCGAAGGCCUCUUUGUGGAGGAUCCAUCGCAGCCGUCAUUCGUCGUGUCAUAUGUAUCGUCCUGGCUCAAAUUCUCUUACCUCUCUGAGCUUCUCGAGGCGUCCAUGGCGGAUAUAUCGUAUCUCUUCGAGGAAGGCGCCCUAGUGGAUUUCGAGAUUGACGAGUUGGUGAAGCUUGUGCGCGCACUGUUCGCGGACACGCCUUUGCGGGCGAAUACCAUCAACAAGUUCCUCAGAGGACAUCCGACAUCGCCAUGAAAGUGCUAGUAUUGCUACUUUGCCGCGGUUUCUUCUCGCGAGAUGGUGGUAUGAACUUGUUAUUUACGCUGCUAUGUAGUCGCUUAGUCAUAUAUGUUCACACUUGUCACUCUUC